CUCGGACAGCGGCGCAUGCGUGCACGGUGGCUGCGGUUGCUGUGGGAGAAGCGGCUGCGCUCCAUUCAAACAAGCCGGCGGCGACGGGGAGAGGAGGAAGAGGAGGAAGAGGAUUCCAAACCUGUGGCGUUGGUUAAAUACUCUGUACACUGCAAUCCAGGACAUCAAUGCGUUGAGAGAUUUGACCAUAUGCGGUGCUGCAAUGCUGUGAUCAUGCUUGAAUGGUUUAAAGUGCAUCAUCACAUCUAAAAAUAGACAGGAAUAAAACAACUAAUUAAGUUGAGUCAAUCCAGAAGACACAAAAGACGAAGAAAGGCUGAAAAUGGCACUAAUCUCCCCAAGGGGCUAAACUGAGCAAACCAUCGCUGCAGCUAAAGACAGCAGGUAUCACCACUACGUACCAAAGGACAGUGGAUUUGAAGGAGUAAAGAAAAACCUGCAGUCAGUUUUGACAUAUUCAAUGUUUGAACUACUGGUGGUGGAGGGACAAACGGGUCAUUAUUAAACCAUUGCCAGGGAAACCACGGCUGAGCAGAUUACGCACGGAGCGCGCAGGAGGCAUCCUGAGAAUCUUUCAUUCAGUAAAUAACUCGGCACCAUUAUUCUUUCUGGCCUGUUUGAAUCUGAUUUCUUCAAUCUUUCAUAUACCCUGACUGAAACGUGCAUUUUCCCAUGUGUUAAGUUGCUGCAAUGGGCAAGUGCAACAGUAAGCUGAAGCCUGAAGUGGUGGAAGAGUUGACAAGGAAGACGUAUUUUACUGAGAAAGAAGUCCAACAGUGGUACAAAGGUUUCAUUAAAGAUUGCCCCAGUGGGCAACUUGAUGCAGCAGGCUUCCAGAAAAUCUAUAAGCAGUUCUUUCCCUGCGGAGACCCUACGAAGUUUGCUAAAUUUGUCUUUGACGUUUUUGAUGAAAAUAAAGAUGGAAAAAUUGAAUUCUCUGAGUUCAUCCAAGCACUUUCAGUAACUUCACGGGGGACUCUGGAUGAGAAACUGCGAUGGGCUUUUAAACUGUAUGACCUAGAUAAUGAUGGCUACAUCACCAGGACGGAGAUGCUGAAUAUCGUGGAUGCUAUUUAUCAGAUGGUGGGUAAUACUGUGGAGCUGCCUGAAGAGGAGAACACACCAGAGAAACGAGUGGAUAGGAUUUUUGCAAUGAUGGAUAAGAAUGAUGAUGGGAAGUUAACGCUACAGGAGUUUCAAGAGGGUUCAAAAGCUGAUCCAUCUAUUGUCCAAGCGCUUUCGCUAUAUGAUGGUCUAGUAUAGUCUAUGCAACCUCCCUUGUGCCAUGAUGACCAAGGACUGAACCAUUUUGAUGCCAUUUGAACGGUUCUGUGCAGAAGCUCGAUGGUCCAGCAGCCACUCACCUUCACCCAGAUGUGAACAGGAGUGCACGAGUAUGUGCAAGCUGAGCUCUUUUGCUUGUCUCCAUUUGCCAAUCUCAGCUUAAGAACCCAAAAUGUUUUUUUCAAACUUGAAUUCAGCAGUAGUCAAAUGCCUCAGUUUUUUUGGAAAGACGUGAUCAAAUGGAGCAUGAAUCUUCGCCUUUUUUUUGUACAAUAUUUGACAAUUGAAAUGCUCUAGUUGUGAAUGUUACGUUUGGCUGACCUGACCGCCUCAAAUCGUGAUUAAAACAAAAGAAAUUGCUGGUCUUUAUUGUCCGAAAAUAUUAGCAACAAAGUGAGGGUUUUGUGAGUGUUUUGUGCUUUGUGGAAAUGUUUAUCAUGUAUACUCUUUUAGUUGUGGGAUUGCAAUGUACUCUGGUUGUAUCAUUUAUUUUACAGAAAAGCAAACAAUUUUUUAGAAUCAUGCUUACAUUUAUCAGACGUGUAGGUUCUAUGACUGUACGUUGUACUGUAACUGGCCCAAACUCCAAGCAUUUAUUGCAAAUAUUUUCCAAAUUCCAUUACUUUGUUCAUUUGUUGUACUGUCAGAGACUGUGAAAUAAGAAUGGGCAGAUUGGAAUGUAUUAUAGAGUUGAUAAAUAUAACUUGACAAGAAAUCUGCCUUUGUUCACAAGGAUCAAACAAAGUUGUUGUUUGAUCUUGAGCUCAUGCAAUACAUGUUCACCUGUCGCUUUACCUAUCAUGUAGUUUUAGAUCUCAGCAGUGCAUUAUUUUAUAUUCCUCUGAUCAAGUGAUAAAUAGUCUGAAAUCAGGGGUUUCAAUGGUUCAUAUUAAUACCGCACAACAUAAUCAUUGCUGUGAAUGGAGAAUGCCAUCACCUGAUUUGAAUUCCAUGUUGAAACUUCAUUUCAUCAUGUUCGAGAAUUCAUAUUAGAAUUCCUAUCGGUUUAGUAUAUAUUGAAUGAUGUUUUCACAACACUACUUAUAAAAGCUAUGGAAUCUCUUAUUCACAUCCAUAGCUACUUUAACCCUGAACCAUCUAAUAGUUUUGCAUAUUGCACAUCAGUUUUUUUUGUACUUAAAAAAAAAAACUUUUCUCUCCCCAUUUAAUGACAAUGGUGUAGAUGCGAAAGAAAUUUUGUUCCUGGCAUAAACAUAUGUGGUUUAUAAGAAAAUAUUAACCAAGAUGAAUAUAUGAAAACUAUAUUUUGUUUGUAUUGCAUAUGGGCAUGAUUGGGAUGAAUUUAAUGUGCACCGAUCUUUGUUGUUAUAGUUUGUGGAAUCGCGUCAGAACUCUGCUGUUUACUCGAUGAAUUGAUCCGUUUAAUGCAACCCCUAUUUGUUUUUGGAUCACUAAAUCCUUUUAACAUUUUUAUUAUAUUUAAUUGUUUUAAAUUAAAAGAUAGAAUUGAUCAUUUCUGCACGGUGAUGUAUUUUGUAAGUUACAAUGGAAAGUGUACCUUCAAUAUAUUUAAAAUGUUUUGCUUAAUUCUGUAAGCUUGAUGUAUGCUGUAGUGCACAUUGCUCACUUAACACAUUGCAAAUUCCAACAGUCCGGAUAAAUCCCAUUAUACAGUUAUCCAAAUUUCUUGCACAAUUGUUUUUGGAACGUCCAGUGGAAACAUUUCAGAAGUUGUAUAGAAUUGUGACAGAUGUGUUGUCCUUUCUCUGUCAUUCUCUUUCUCUUUCCUCUACCAAAUCACACAUGUAUUUUUUCCUCAUGCUCCAUUUCUUUGCCUCUGUGCUUGCUUUGUUUUUCGUAUUCCCACCUUUUUGUCUGAGUGUUCAUAGCGUUCUACUAUUACGUGCAACUGCUAAGCAUAUUUAUCAGUCCGUGUACGCAGAGCAUGUUUGGUUGCACGUUGAACAAAAUAUGCCAUUUUCAGUCAAAAAUUAUUAAGGAAUCUAUCAAUCCCGCUAGUCUUUUUGGCUUGAUUGUAGUUUGUUUAGAUGAGGCUAUAUUUUUGGAUGACAUAAAUAUCUUGUUUAAAUGAUGGCACGCUAUAAAGAGCAGGAAACAUUGGAGCAUUAUCAGCUUGACUUAAGCAAAACAAAAUGAUUCACUCAGUACCGGCCAGCAGUCAUCUCUCUUCUUGGUACUUUUUGUUCAGGGUAAAUACCAGCAAAAUUUAGAAAGAGGAAAGGCUACUCUCCUACUUCUUCUUAUCGAGGCCAAUAUCACAAGAUUAGAAAUUGUCCAGCCAGAGCUGAACAUACUUCUCGGCAUCUGCAUACAAUGGUUCCUUGUGCGUAGUGGUGGAAAGAUUGUUGGAAACAUGGCUGCGACGUGAACGCUCUUUCCUUGACCCAGCUUCCCAUUUGUAGAUGGUUUAUACGCUCCAUAAUUUUUGAAAGCGAUGUGGUUCUUCUGUGAAUGCAUCCAUCAGUCUCACCUCCAGGGCACAUUGCUCAACAGUUGGGGAAAGUCAAGGAUGGGCUUUUCAAAAGUGUUCAACACUGCUUCACGACCCCCCUCCCUUCCAAGGAAGGGGGGAAAAGUUUGAUCAAACAGGCUGCAUCAAUAGUUCCAUCCUCAAUGGGAAAGACAUACAGAGGUUGACCCUUUCUACUUUUAUUUUUUUUUAAACAUUACUUCUAUUUGGAAUGCUUCCAGUAUUUGAAGUUAAUAUUUCUUUAUGUGAAAAUGGCCUCUUCUGCUGCUGUAUUUGGACAUAGAUAGUUGUGAUCUGUUCAGGCAAAAAGUUAAAACUCGACCCAACUAUUGAGUCUGAGGACUUGCCACUUUUUUCAUGCUCCACCCAUUGAUGUUAAAAUAUCUCAACUAUGCUGCUGUUCAGAAUCUCAACCUGGCCAAGCAGAAUGUGCUUGGUUAACCCAGCAUUUUAGACCCCUCCUCCAUUUGUGUCCCCCAUUGAUACAACUUUAUCCCCAUGCAAAACCCUGAAGCCUAUUUAUUUACUGUCACUCUCUCAUUGCUAAAUUAUAGCAUAUCGGGCAGCUUCUGU